AUGCCUCCACGCGUUCGUUCAAAUUCCAUAACUUCCGAUCAUUCUUCUGUAUUGUCCUCUCCGACUGUACACCAUCAUUAUCAUGAUUUUACAAAUAUUAUCAAUCAUCAGAGUAUUGAAGUAGCACCAAACAGCAACAAACAUCAGAAAUCAACAUGGCUACUGGUGAGACUGCUAGAUGCUUUAAUUUAUAUUGCAUCGGAAUAUUCGAAAACGUUGAUUAGAGAAUUACUUUUAUUGUUUGGAUAUCUUCUUCAUUUAUUAGUGAGUUUUAUAUUGUAUGUGUUUCAUCGUCCAGGUCGGUAUGAUGAAACACUAUUAGCGCAACAAAAAGCCUUUCCGAAAAGAGUUGCUUCUGCAGCCUCUUUAGUUCAUCUUGAUAUGUCAAAAUUAUCUAAUGAUGACGAUUCUUCUGUUGGAGUCGGAAUAUUCGGAAGGUAUGAUGACGAAAUGUCUCUAACUGGGCAAAAUACCUUUUCGGAAGACCACGGCAAUGAUAGCAUCAAUAUAAAACAUCUAACUGAAAAAAAGAAAGUACGGUUUGAUAAAUCAGACCAUUUGAUCAACACAAACGUUCGAAAAAAUAGUUUUUCAUUGAAUGUGACAAAAGAAGACGAUACAAGCCCAACCAUUGACACUGGAUCAAUUUUACAACAGCACCCAAUACCUACUACUAACUUAUUUCCCACAUCCACAUCUUCUCACGUUAUGAUUGGCAAGAAUUCAUUUCGAAAAAUAUUGGAAUCCUCAUUGAAAUUGAAAAAGAUAUCCGGUGUUGGACAUUUAAUUUCUCCGAACACCUUGUCAACAAGCUGUGUGACUCCUACACAAGUGGAAAGUAGUGGAGCCAAUGUUAUUUCAGAGUAUCCUCCUGUGGAGAGUAGUACCGCAAGCAUGGUAGAUUCCGAGUGGACGGACUAUGAAAAUUUGGAUGCUAAUUUCGAUUACGACUUUGAAGAUGACGUGAGAGAAGAUAUCAAGCUAAUUUAUGAAGAAAAGAGGCUUGGAGCAAGAAUUCUGAAUUUCAUUGGUGAAAUGUUUAUGUGGUUUAUCAUGCUAAUUAUUUACUUACCAAGUUUGUUUAAAUCUCCAAUUAACUCUAAAAAAGCAUCUAUUGAAGCGGAUAAAGUACAUUUAUAUGAAAAGAAAUCCACAGGUUUAUUUGAGGAUUUAAUAGACACAGUUUUUGAAUGUAUUGAUUUAUUAGCAAAAUCUGCAAGAUUAUUUAUUCGAUUCAAGAUGAGAGAUUAUUUCAAAACCAUUAAGGAAUGUGUUUUACUUUUCAGACUUUCUAAUUUCCUCUCUACAAGAGGUAUUGACGACAGAUCCAUAAGUCAGGUCAUUAUUGACAAUGGUUUCAAAUCAAAGAGUUACAUUUGUUCAACAGAAGAUGGCUACAAAGUGGAGUUGAACAGAAUUCCCAACGCUCAAAGCAAAACAGCUGUUUACUUUCAACAUGGAAUUUUAGAUAGCGGUUUUACAUGGAUUGGCAGCAGUCCAAAUGUCGGCUUAGCAUGUGCCGCCAAUGGAUAUGAUGUAUUUCUUGGUAACUUGAGAGGUUAUGGAUUGGCCAAAUGCCACUUGAAACAUGCUCGAGAAAAUGUUACUUCCAGAGAAUACUGGGAUUUCAGUAUCAAUGAGCAUGCAUUCUAUGAUGUGAAAAGCUUUGUUAAGAAAAUACGAGAUAUCAAAAAGAAAGAAUUGGGGACUAGUAAUUUCAAGUUGGUUGUUGUGGCUCAUUCAAUGGGUGCCGCUUGUAUCCUGGCUUACAUGUCUUGGUGCAAAGCUCACAAUCAAGAACAUUAUAUUGACAAGGCAAUACUGCUUUCUCCUGCUGGAAAUCAUCAAAAGAUUCCAACCUUACUGUACUACCUAUCAUUUACAGUUCCUCUCAUUCGAAAACUACCAUUCUGGAAUUAUUUUGGAUUUACAUCAAAAACAAUGAAAAUUCUAGUUGCAAAACUUAUCCAAGACAUCAACAAUCACAAGGCAACGAGAUCACUAUUCUCUGCUUUUGCCAGUGCUCUUGUGUUAGGAGGUAAAACUCAAAACAAUCCGUUCCAAUAUGUCCAUAAUUUAGUUUACCAUACAUUCAAUGCAACCUCAGUCAAAGUCGUGGAGCAUCUCAUUCAAAUGAGUACAAGUGGACGAUUUUUAGCAUAUGAUUAUGGACCAGAAAUCAAUAAGAAAGUCUAUGGAUCUAAAAAACCUUUUGACUUUUUCGAUUACUAUGACAAGCUCAACAUUCCCAUCUACAUUGUUUAUGCUGACGAUGAUAGAGUGAUUCCCAAGCAAUGUAUACUCAGACAUUACAAAGAGUUAAGAAAGUAUCACCCUGAAACAAGCUUUGCUAAAAAGUUCAAAGAUUUGGGUCACUUGGAGUUAACUCUCAGUAGUAACGAUCGAGUGAUUCAAUACAUCCUCAAAGUAUUGGGCCAGGAUCAAGAUGGACAAAACAAGUGA